AUAUCAAAAAUAUAACUGAGAAUAAUCUCUCUGAGAGAUCUAAAAGCAAAAUUCCGCAUCUCUACCGAUGAAACUUGUCUCCUAUACCAUAACGACAAUUGUCUCGAUGCCAUACAGUUUCCUAUUUACAGUUUUUUUUACGCUAUAUUUAGCUGAGACUAGCUGAGAUUUAAUUUACGAAAUGUCUUUUCUAUCACAGCUUAAUCUCAUCUCAACAAAGAAUAAAAGAAAAGAAAGAAAUAUUUAUUAUUUUAAUUCACUUUGCGCGGUGCAACGAGAUCAUAACUUGAAACUUUCUUGUAGAUACUUUCUUGAAGAUAUCAUUCAUUGUGUAGAUAUCAUUCAUUCUCGGUGCAUUUGUAAUGGGUCAUACACAAUAAACUCGAACUUUUUUACAUGGAUAAAUAGCACCUAGAAAAUAUUAUGAUUUUACUGAUGCUAUCAAUGAAAAGACCGCUGAUAGCAUCAAAGUCGACGGCAAGGAAUCUUGAAAAAAGCGAUUUUCAAAUUAAUCGAAAGCUUUCAACUCUGGUCUCAAUUAGGUAAUUGGAGCUUGCAGACUCAAGACGAAGAUAAACAUCCGCAUUUAUAAAUGGCUGAAUCAGUCAAACAUUGGAAAGAGAUGACGAAGAAAGCGCGUGACCUUACUAGUAGCCAGGUCUGAUCGGAUAGAAGAAUGUAGCUUUCCGAAACGGAAGCGAAUACACGCCGAGUAAAGACGCGAAUAAAUGACAGUGACGAAGAUGACGAUGACGAUGACGAUGACGACGACGACGACGACGACGACGACGACAACGACAACGACGAUGAUGAUGACAAUGACGAGGUCAACGUGGAGGAAUAACUACGAUUACCAGUGCCGUGUAGCGCAGUUAGUAGAGCCCAGGGUAUAUGUGCGUUGUAUUAAUAGCCAAGUAUAAAGCGGUGGUGGGGCCGCGGUUGCUCGCGGGUGAAAAUAGAAAAGAAUGUUUUUGGAAUCCAAUUGGUCUUGGUUGGCAGAACGAUGGGGCAAUAUGGCCGACUUGGCCGAGCGGGUGGACGAUCUGAUAUGCAGUUUUGACUCGACUGGUGAGACGACCAUGGAUACGCUGUCGAUGCUGAUAUUCGGCUGGAUGUUAUUCGGUUUGAUGGUGUUGUGUGUUGGCAAAUAUGUAUAUAAUCGUUUUGUACUGAACGAGCUCUCUGCCGCCGCUGCGGCCACUUCAUCGUCGUCAUUGCAGCUUGGCAAGGAUGGCCAUGCCUAUCACGGUGAGAGUGCCGUGACAAUGAGUGCUGCCGGUGGUACCGCUGUUGGAAAACUGUUGGACAAAUCGAAAUCGACGUUAGUGUCAUCGACGUCCUCGUCGUCGCUCGCGAGGGCUGGUGCCGGUGGUGCAGGUGGCGGUGGGACCGUUAGUGCUGUUGCUGUUACCGCUGGUAAUAGUAGUAGUGGUGGUACCACCGCUGGUAGUAGCGGUGGUAGUGGUAGUGGUGGUGGUGGUGGUGGUGGUGGUGGUGGUACGAGUGUGGUAGCAGGUACGAGAUCACCGUCGCCAGGGGGUUACGUGCCACCUACACCUCCGAUCAGGAAACGCCUGAUUCGGAAGACUUCCGGUGCUCUCAUUAGCCCGUCCCGAAGUUCCAGAGCUCUACAUCUGCCAACCGCGACUGGCGCGGAUGCCGAGGCCGUACGUUGGGUCAACGAACUGAUCGUAUGGCUGCAUCAUGACCUCGUUAUCCUCAACGAACUCUUGGCCACUUGGGUGGUCUCCCUCAACGAUUUUACCGCCGGCUCCACCGAUGAGGUAUGGAUUGUCAUUCUUUCAAGCGAUUUGAUAGCUCUAACGCUCGCCAUAUCGGCAAACAUUUGA